CUCCUCAUGUGCCUCACUCUCCACUGCAGCUUCCCACCUCCUUCCUCCUCCCCUCCCUCCCUCCCUCCCUCCCAGUCUCUCUCUCUCUCUCCUCUCUCUCUCACGUAGUAUUGAAAACGGUUGAGGAGAUAAUGAUUCAGCUGUUCCUCAUAAAGCUGAAUCAAGACGAGACUUGACGGUGGGCAUGAGAUAGAGGCAAGUUUCCCUCACAGGUCACUUCUGGGAAAAUGGUCGCAGAGUCUUGGUUCCGUAGUCUAUGGGGGAAGCCCCGGAAGCAUGGCUCUUCAAAUCCUCCGAAAUCAGUUAUCGGCGUCUUAGCGUUCGAGUUUGCGAGUUUAAUGUCCAAAUCCGUCCAUUUAUGGCAGUCCCUGAGUGACAAGAAUAUCACUAGGCUUAGAGAAGAGAUUGCGAGCUCGCCUGGGAUCCAAAAGCUUGUGUCGGACGACGAGGAUUUCAUCGCGAAUCUCAUACGCUCCGAGAUGAUUGAGAAUGUGGUCCAUGUGGCCAAAUUUGUGGCCAGGCUUGGGCACAGAUGCAAUGACCCCAGCUUGAAGAACUUUGGGUCAUUCUUCGAGAGUAUGAUGGCACUGGGCCUCGACCCGUUGGGCUGGAAAUUCACAUCCAAGAAAAUGGAGAGUAAAGUAAAGAAGAUGGAAAGGUUCAUCUCGAUGAAUGUGAAUUUGUACCAGGAGAUGGAAGUUCUUGGUGAUCUUGAGCAGACCUUGAGGAGGAUGAAGGGGAGCGAAAGCAGUGAUCCGGGAAGUUUGCUCGAGUAUCAGAAGAAGGUUGUGUGGAAGCGGCAUGAGGUGAAGAAUUUGCAGGGGAACUCGUUGUGGAAUAAGAACUAUGACUAUGCAGUUUUGUUGUUGGCGCGCUCUUUGUUUACUAUUUUUGCCAGGAUCAAGCAAGUUUUCGGGAUACAACAGGUGGCGGAUUUUGGCGAUCCAAAGGAUUCAAACUCAAAGGUCUUGACUUCUACUGAUUACAUCUAUCGGAGCCAAUCGGUUUCAGCUCUUCUGCAAGCUUCAGUACAUCCCGCUGAGGAUCACCAUCAGAUGAGAUUCUCUUCAGGCCCGCUAGGGAGUUUGAUGGCAAAAUCAGGGCCAACCCUAAAGGCUAACCUCAUGAAAAAUUUCUAUUCAGGCCCUCUUGUGGAAUCUAACACGAAAACAACCCCUGUCCCCGGAAAGGACAAUGGCAAUGUUGGUUUCUAUUCUGGCCCACUUGGGAAGUUGACGAAAUCGGGCCCAUUGUUUGGGGUGGGUAAGAUUGCAAGAGGGGUAUGGCAGAGUGGUAAAGGCCACUCUUCUGUUGUUAGAGGGAAGAAAUCGAACUCCAAGACCAACCAAUUAACCUCGAUCGGGCCCCUGAAGGGCUGCAUGACUGGUGGAGAUGUAAAUUCAGCUAAUCUCGAGAGUAACCAAAACCGAGACAUCAAACAUGAACAGCCUAAUGACGGGAGCCUCUUGAGCUUCAGUUCCAAGCAUAGUCUCCUGAACGCUCCUCCUGAGUCCCUUGGCUAUGCAGGCUUAGCCCUACAUUAUGCUAACGUGAUCAUCGUGAUAGAGAAGUUAGCUGCCUCUCCUCAUUUGAUUGGUCUCGAUGCAAGGGAUGAUCUUUAUAAUAUGCUGCCUGCGACCGUGAGAUCUUCCCUCCGAGCAAGGCUAAAGCCAUACGCGAAUGCCCUGUCUUCCUAUGAUCCUGUUCUAGCGGGAGAGUGGAGUGAGGCAAUAACAGGAAUCUUGGAGUGGUUGGGUCCACUUGCUCACAACAUGAUACGGUGGCAAUCGGAACGGAGUUUCGAGCAGCAGAACUUGGUUUCAAGGGCUAACGUCCUCGUGGUGCAAACACUUUACUUUGCUAACAAGGAAAAAACUGAGGCCAUAAUCACUGAGCUUCUUGUUGGGUUGAAUUAUAUAUGGAGGUUCGGGAGGGAACUGAACUCAAAAGCCCUUGUGGGGUGUGCUAGCAGUAGAGCAUUCGACGAGUAUUUGGAUAUACAAGGAUAAUUAUUGCGCAUUGUCGGGGCUAGUCUGAGUUCGGCUUCUUAACUGUGUGCUUAUAGUUAUGGAUUAAGGGCACUUGCGGCAUCCCCUUGAUGGUGAGGUGAUCCCAAACUGCUUAUCUUAUGCUAUGGUUGGUCUGAGGUGUGAGGGAUGAAGGAAGAAGGAAACCUUGUCUGUUCUACCGGAUAAUCUGGUUUCUCCUAUGCCAUUUUCAAACCUUGCCGAUUCCAUUCCUCAACGGUAAAUACAAGUUUAAGAUAUUAUUAUUGGUUGUUUGAUGGGUGAAGUUCGGAGGAACACUUUCGGGAUUGCAUCUCUUGAGUUUGAGAUCCUGGUCUCAUUAAGCGCAUCUUGCUCCUAGAAGAUGUUCCAAUGAGAAUGGGUCAGAGAGAUAAAUACAACAAGGGCAGAAGGCAACAAUAUAGAAUCAAUCGAGUACACAAAGUGAUUUGUUAAUAAUUGCUUCCACAA